AUGCCUUCCAGGACCCCAUCUCCCUCGCCCCGCUCCCGCAGUCCUCAUCCGUCCUCGAAUCAGCCCAACGCUCAUUUCCCUGCAAGCACUGCCGCUACCGCUUUCACUGCUCCGCCUCCAAAGCAACCCGCUCUUCCCCUUGAGUCGCAAUCCCCGCAUCUCACCAUUCCUUCCACCACUUUGCACCGCUCUGCAUCCAUUGGGCAACGAGUCGCCCGCAUGCCGUCCAGAACCCCGUCUCCCUCGCCUCGCUCCUGCAGUCCUCAUCCGGCCAGCCCGCGUGAGUCCACCCUUCCAAAGCACAGCCACGCGUCAAAUCACUCAAAAGCCUUCACCUCCACCUCCUCUGGCCGCCGCUCCUUCACUCACCAAUCCUCCGCGAGCCCCAAAUUUUCCCGCCAGCGGUCGUCCUUCUCCCCUCGCCCAUCUUCCCCUCCUCCUGCUCGCGCUGCCUCUGUAUCCCAGCCAUCUCCUGCCCCCGCUGCCGCUGCCACCGCUGCUGCUGCUGCUGCUGCUCCGUCUCUUGCAUGUGGUGGUUCGCUGGGCAGUGCAGGGUCUGCGUCAAUGCGGAAUCUGUACAGCAUGGCGUGGGCCAGUGGCGUGUGCAGCUGGGACGAGAUGGAGGGCGACGUGGACCUCGGCCUUGGCCUGGUUGACGCUGGCGCGACGGAGGGUGGCAAUGAUGCCGGCAGCAGUGCUAGGAGUGGUGCGGCCUGUGGUUCUGUUGAUGGCGCUACUGCUCCUGCGGCUACUGCUGCUGAAGCUGGUGAUGGGAAGAUUGUGCACGGAGACAAGGAUGGGGAGGAAGGGAGUGAGGCGGAGGAGGGGGAGAUCGAGGAUGAGGAGAAUGCCACAGACAGGAGCAAAGUCUGCGCAGCGUUCUUUAUGGGGCACAUGCAGCUAGCAGAGCAGGAGAGGAGCAGCCGCGGAGCAGCAGCAGAAGCAGCGGGGUUGCCGCUUGCAGAUUCCAGAACGAAUCAGCAGCUGUCGGUGAUACCACUGCCACCCCUGCCGGCGCUGCCGCCAACGCCACCACUGCCGCCGGCAGCACAGGUGGCAGCAAGAGCAAAACAAGAGCUUCCGUCAGGAGCAACAGCCAGCUCGGUUCCUCGUUUGCCUGCAACACCACCGCUGCCACCAUUGCCACCACAGCCGCCACUGCCGCCGCCACAGCCAAAGCCACAGUUAUCAGUGCACGCACCACUGGCGCCACGUGCACCAGUACCACCACCCAACAUGAUGCCUCUGCUGCCACCGCUGCCGCCACUUCCCCCCGACCCCCCACCACGAUCAGCAACACCACCGCUACCACGAUCAACCACACCACCGUUACCACAAUCAACCACACCACCGUUACCUCAGGAGCUUGCAGCAUCAGGUGGUGCAGUGGCAACAGGAAGCGGUGGCGGUAGAUUGUCCCCUUUCUCCUCUGCGCUUCCAGCAGCAGCCCCACCGCCCUUUCCCCCCGAUGCAGCGACUUUGAUGGCAGCACUGGAGCAGCUCCUUGCAGCUGCUGGGGCACAGGGGUCAAACGCGCAUCUGCUCAAUGCCACAGCAGCAGCAGCAGCAGGUGGCACAGCAGCGUCUGUGUUACCUGCACAGCCAGUCGCAGAUGCAGCUAAAGCAGCAGGAGCGGGAUCAGGGGUAGGAGCAGUGGAGGCAGCGACAGCAGGAGCAGCAGAAGCAGUGCGGUAUUCGUACAAUCCAUUUGCUGGUGAUGAGGUUGACCCCCCAGCCCCAGCCACCACCAGUGAAGCUGCAGCUCCCACCUCCUCUCUCCCACCACCUGCCCACUCGUCGCUCUAUUCUUCCCUCCAACAGGCUCUCGAGUCCAAUCCUGACUUGCUCUCAUACCUCGCCUCUCUGCACCACUCUGCAUCCCUGGGUUCCACGACAGCAGGGGAGGGUGUAACACCUUCCCAUGCUACGCACCAGCAGCAGCCGGUGUGGUUGCAGCAUUCUUCGCCACCACCUCCCAGUAACACACCUCCUGUUCCUAACACGAGCUCGCUUGAUGUGCAUGUCCCCCCAUCCAUACACGCAACGCGGCCCGCUCACCCAUCGCCAACAUUCGCACACAUGCCACAACCCCCUCUGCUUGCUACACAGGCAGCAGCUGCUACCGGUACCUCCCAUGCUGCUGCAGCAGCUGCUGCUGCUGCUGGUGGUGCUAAUUCUGCUGCAUUUGCUGCAACGGUAGAAGCAACAAGCGCAACGGCAGGGGCCUCUGCUGCUAGUGCAGGGGCAGCAGAGGCAUCCAAGGACAAGGACAAGGACAUGGUGCGGCAACGAGAUCCGCGCAAGCGCAUGCGCUCCGCCCCAGACACAGACGCCACUGGCGGAUCUGCCGCUGCUGCCGCUGGUUCUGCUGCUGUUGUUGCUGAUCAGGGGAGGCAGGGGCAGGACGGGCAGAGCAGUGGCAAGCAGGAAGGAGGAGUGUGGGAGGAUGUGGUGGAGGUGGGAGGGGGCAAGAGACAGCGCAUGGUGCUUGAUGCUGGCGGUGCGAGUGAUGCUGAUGAUGUGGUCGUGAGUGUGAAGGAAGAGUGGGAGGCAGCAAGGGGUAGCGGCAGCGACGCAAGGAGAGAAGGGGCGAGAGAAGCAGCAGCGCGUGGUGCAGUGCGUGCAGAGGAGCAAGCACGUGCAUUGGUGCCGCAUGGAGAGGAGAGUUUGGCGUGCGAGGGGAUUGUGGCGACAGCAGGGGAAGUGCGGGGCGAGGAGGGCAGGGCCGCAGCAGGAGGUGCUGGGGGGCAGGUGGUGGGGCGGAGGAGAGUCGGGGAUCCAAGGGUUUUCGGCAUGCAGUCACAACCAGGGCCCGCUUCAGUGGAAAACGAGGAGUGGGCGAAAAUGGGGGCGGAAGGGGCGCCUGAGCAGCAAGUCUCAGACACACGGUGGGAUGCUAGCUCACGUGAGUGCGCUGCUGCCACCGCUCCUUCUGCGGCUGCUGCUGCUGCUGCUUUUGAGGCAGUGCCGACUGCAACUGCUGCUGCUGCUGAGGUGCGGGGUGUGGAGGGCGAAGGGCAAGGGACCGAUGGGCGCAGAGGUAAUGCAUUCGCAGGGCAGCAUGGUGGGGUGGUGGAGGAAUGGUUUAGCGAUGGGGAGGACGAGGAGGAAGAAGAGGACACUGGUGUUGGCAGCAAAGUGGAGGCAGCAGCAGAAGGGGCGGGUGCGGCAGCAGGCAGGAUGGGGGGCUGCAAAGAUGGUGCAGGUGCAGCGGAGCAGGGAGGGGAGGUGACGGGGAUAGCAGCGGAGAGGCUCCGGCGCAUGGCGGAGACAGAGAGCAUGCUGGCUGCUGGCAAGCUGUGCCUCGUGCUGGACCUCGACCACACGCUCCUCAACUCCGCCAAGUUCUCUGAGAUCGGCCCCGAGUGGGAGGAGCAGCUGCGCCACAUGGAGGCGCGGGACAAGCAGCACAGCAAGCAGCAGCAGCAGCAGCAGCAGCAGCAGCAGCAGGCGCAGGAGCAGGGGGGCGGGGAAGGCAGUGCAGGUGGCGGGCGGGAGCUGUACCGGUUUCCGCACAUGGGCAUGUGGACCAAGCUGCGGCCUGGCGUGCGCACCUUCCUCCACCGCGUGCGUGCCGUGGCAGCGCUGUUUGAGCUGCACGUGUACACGAUGGGCAACCGCUGGUACGCGUCGGAGAUGGCGCGCAUCCUGGACCCCCACGGCACGCUCUUCCACUCCCGCAUCAUCGCCAAGGGCCUGCAGGCCCCCGCCACCCUCUCCUCCUCCUCCUCCCCCGCUGCCGCUGCCGCUGCUGCUGCUGCCGCCGCCGCCGCCGCCACCGCAACUGCGUCUGCAGCUGCGGGGGAUGCGGCGGGGGCAGGGGCAGGAGGAGGGGCAGGGGCGGGGGGAGGGGGCCAGGGGGUGGUGGUGCGGAGCAAGGAUCUGGAGGGCGUGUUGGGGAUGGAGUCCAGUGUGCUCAUCGUGGAUGACUCCUCCUCCGUCUGGCCUCACCAUGCCCGCAACCUCAUCCUCGUUGAACGGUACACGUACUUCCCGCACAGCAGGCGCAGCAUGGGGCUGCCGGGGCCAGCGCUGAUGGAAGUGGGGCAUGACGAGAGGGCCGCCGAUGGCAUGCUCGCCUCCAUCCUCACUGUGUUGGAGCGAAUACACGGGUCGUUCUUCGCGAGUAGGCAGCGGGGCAUGCAGCAGCAGCACCUGGACGUGCGCAGCAUACUGGCGGAGCAGCAGCGCCGUGUGCUCGCCGGCUGCUGCAUCGUCUUCUCCCGCAUCUUUCCGGUGGGAGAGGCCAAUGCGCGGGCGCACCCGUUGUGGCGCCUGGCGGAGCAGUUCGGAGCCGUGUGCACGCUCACUCUCUGCGAUGCCGUCACACAUGUUGUCGCACUUGCACUCGGUACAGAUAAGGUGACGUGGGCCCUUAACUCCGGCCGGCACGUGGUGCGCCCAGGAUGGCUGGAGGCGUCAGCAGUGCUGUACCACAGGGCCAAGGAGCACGACUUCCGCCUCACACCCUAA